UCCGCAUUUUCACGCUCGUCAACAUCAAUCCCUCAACUACUCCCGCUCCCAGCGCUUUUAUUUACAGUAGUGCGGCCCACGAUGCUGCGCUCUUCUGUUGCCACGGGACGCCAGGUGCUACUGUCUUCUGCUCGCCAACGGACGGCUGCGCAAUGGCUGUCCAGAGCUGGAGCAAGCAGCCGGUUCUCAAAUCAGAGAUUCUUUGCUGAUGCCAAGCCUCCUACUACCGGUGCUCCCACUCCUGUUACCCCGUCUUCCACGUCGCCUGUGCCUCCGGAGAUCGUCAUUCCUAAGCCGGAGCCUAUCGAGCAGGGUUCCGCAGUUCCUCCAGUUGCGCCCACUCCGGCUCCUAAGAAGGGUGGACGUUUCCGCCGAUUCCUUCUUUACUUGCUCUUGACCUCGGGUUUCGCAUACGGUGGUGGUAUCUUCUUGGCCCUCAAAUUCGAUAACUUCCACGACUUUUUCACUGAAUUCAUCCCUUAUGGCGAGGAGAGUGUUCUGUACUUUGAAGAACGAGACUUCUACCGCCGGUUCCCGAACACUCUGAAGAGCCAAGUCCGCUUCCCUACCCGUAGGGAUGACAGCAACCAGGUCACGAUUCCGAGCAAGAGCGGAUUGACCUCCAAGGUUGCGGAGGAGGAGUCUGCUGAUCUUUCACAGAAGGGUCCCCACAUGAGCUCCAUUAAGAAGGACAAGAGCAACGAAGCACAAGCCAAGCCUGCCGCUGCUAAGCCCGAGGAGAAAACCGCAGCAGUCGAGAAGGCCAAGGAAGCGAAGACUGCUAAGGAAGAGCCAUCCCAGCCGGCUGUGAAAGAGGAGCCCAGACAACCCGCCUUGCCCGCCGUAGCUCCUCUAGAAUUUGCUAAGGUCAACGAAGGUGACGAGGCCAUUGUUCAAGAAUUGGUCAAGACUUUCAACGACAUCAUAACCGUCAUCGGUGCUGACGAAAGUGCUUAUAAGUUCUCCAAACCUGUGGAGAAGGCCAAGGAGGAGCUCCAGAAGGUCGGAGAGAAAAUUAUUGCUGUUCGGGAAGACGCGCGUCGUGCUGCUCAGGAGGAGAUUAACCAGGCCCAUGCUACCUUCGACGAAUCCGCGCGCGAGCUCAUCCGCCGCUUUGAGGAAGCCCGUGCGGCCGAUGCUGCCCAGUAUCGUGAGGAAUUCGAGGCAGAGCGUGAGAAGCUGGCGCACGCUUAUCAGGAGAAGAUCCGCACGGAGCUACAAAGAGCGCAGGAGCUUGCCGAACAGCGUCUUAAGAACGAGCUUGUUGAGCAAGCCAUUGAGCUUAACCGCAAGUACCUCCAUGAAGUGAAGGAUCUCGUGGAGCGUGAGCGUGAAGGCCGCCUCAGCAAGCUCAAUGAAUUGACUGCUAAUGUCAGCGAGUUGGAGCAGCUUACCACCGGCUGGAGAGAGGUCAUUGACACCAACCUCAAGACCCAGCAGCUCCAAGUUGCGGUGGAUGCUGUGCGCUCGGUUCUUGAGCGCUCUGCUUCUCGCCCAUUCGUCCGCGAGCUUGUUGCCGUGAAGGAGUUGGCUGCUGAAGACCCUGUUGUUGAUGCGGCCAUUGCCUCUAUUAACCCUACCGCCUACCAGCGGGGUAUUCCCUCCACAUCCCAGAUUAUCGAGCGUUUCCGUCGGGUAGCGGAUGAGGUCCGUAAGGCAAGUCUCUUGCCCGAGGAUGCGGGUAUCGCCAGCCAUGCUGCCAGCUUCGUCCUGAGCAAGGUCAUGUUCAAGAAGGACGCUGUUGCUGGCAGCGAUGAUGUCGAGAGUGUUCUCUGCCGGACUGAGAGCCUUCUGGAAGAGGGUAACCUGGAUGCCGCUGCUCGCGAGAUGAACAGCCUUAAGGGUUGGGCCAAGAUUUUGAGCAAGGAUUGGCUGGGCGAAGUACGCAGAGUAUUGGAAGUGAAGCAGGCCUUAGAGACCACUAUUGAAUCGCCCACCCCAGCUCUUUCUACUCUAGGCCCGAAUGAGACACUGUCAGAUCCUCCUCAACCCACAAACACCCCUCAUGACGCAUCCAUUCGACUAAGAGAGCUGCAGAUGAACGAGGGACGGGCGAGCGGGGAGCUAGAGGGAAGCACGCUAGGCAGUAGCUCUCGAGAUGGCGAUAAGGGAAGUCGAGCCCAGCGUCGGACACAGAGCUCCGGCGGAUUCUUCGUCGACUCAUCCUUUCUACCGGGUUCUCGGAGCUUGAGGAACAGUCACCAUCAGUUCCUUCGCCGUUCGGGCUCAGAUCGCAAGGAGAAGCGAGAAGCUCCUGGGCCGGGUCUGGAACUCCCUAAGAAACGAUCGCGAUUCCCGUGGAGUCGUCAGAAGGAGGAGAAGUCGGAGACCGGCGAAGGCAGCACAGCGUAUGAGACUACCACUCCUUCGCAAGUGACAGAAGCUACGGCAAACCAGGGGCAGGCGUCGGAAACGCCUGAGAAUUCGGCUGCUUUGGGUCUAGACAGAGAUUCCUUGCAGAUCGUCAAUCUUGCGCUGAACUUGAGCGAGUCGAGAAAGAGGAACAGCCUGGGACAUUCUGCUUCCACUCGCUUUCCAAGCAAUCGGAGGAUACUGUCGGCCGGCAAGCCUAUUGCUCCCUACUCCGACACUCAACCUAUUACUUCUGUGGGCGGCGUUCGUCACAGUAGCCCCCGACAUCGAGAUGCAGUGCAUCAUACUUUGAGCGAUCGCUACAACAAGCCUAUCAUCCUCGAAGGGGCGGGUUUGCCGGCACAUGCUCCGUCCUCGGUGCUGAGUCUGCUGCCUCAGUCAGUCGACUCAGAAACCUUGCCUUCUGGAGUUUCAGAGAGCACUCUGAUCCGGGCUGAGAAAGCCCGGCGCCACUUCGAGCUGUUUUCCGAUUAUUUGAGACUUAUUUCCUCGCUUCCUCCUCUCGAGCGUAUCGACCCAUCCGCUACCGAUUCGGUCUCGGUCGCGAGUAACAGCGGGCUCUCCUCCCGGACAUACAAUCCUCUCCAGUGUAUUCGAAAUCGAAAAGUGAGGUUUCGCGAGCGUUGUACUAUUGACACGGAAGCCGAAGGAUGGUAUGACACCGAUAGGGUGCAUGAAUGGGUUGACUCCGUGGAGUCAUUGUACAGUCAUCGCAACCACAGUGCCGUGGAACGUCUACAACUUCCUUCUUUCCCAAAGUCAAGGAAGUAUGUGUCUUCAGAACAUCACAUUGAUGUUGAUCAUCUUGCAGCUUCUCCUCCUUCGAGUUUGAGGCGCGCGAGCCGUGCCAGCAGCGUCAAAGCACGCAGACCUCGAUCAGAUUGGGUGAUCGACCCGGCAGAAAUGCUUGCAGAUGCUGCGUGGGUGGAAGAUGAUCACAACAAGAGCAAACUGAUCGACAAGGACGGCCACCAUCUUUACCCGAACCCGAACCUGUUGAUUGAUGUGGGUAUAGAUGAUGCCAAUCUAAGCUUAGAAGAGAACCUGCAGCGCCAUCGACAGUCCAUGGACUCUGAACAAUACACUUCACGUGCAUCUUUAUCCGACGCUCAUCCUAGUCUAACAAGCGGCACGCGUGGAAGGCAGCGGCACCGCUUUCGCACAUCUGGCCGUAGCACGUAUGAUAGUGAUGUGUCCGCGAAGGAUGUCGAGUUGAGCAGCCGCAGGCUUGGCUUGUUUAGUAGCUCUGCAAGCACAUCUAGCGCAGAUGACCGUCUAUAUCAGUACUUGCAUGCUGACAGCGCAGUCUCUCCUGGAAAAUCUAACCCGCUAACUCUUGGUCCAUCUCAAACCAGGGGCUCUGGGGCAAUCUCUGAAGAUGACAGUCUCACAGGUGUCAGGUAUACCCCUACCCAUGGUUCGGUUUCUCGUCACAAACGUGGUGCCCAGGCUAGAUCAGAAGGGAAACGAAGCUCUAUGUCUUCAGUUCCGAGCAUCGAUGAUCGCUAUGACACCUUGACGAACAUGGCAACACAUGAGGGCAAGUAUCCUGAUAUUCAACAUCAGUUGGGUAUCUUCCCAAGCAUUGCAAGCAAUUUGUCACCGCCAUCAAGCAGGUCUCCCUCGCCAUCCAAGGGUCGUUUUCCGCGGGCUCGUGUUUCAAGGCAUGAGCGCAGCAAGAGUAGCAUUCGGACCAAGGAAAAUGUCGACGAACAUGUGCAGGAUGCGGACGCCGCACGUCAAGACAGCUUACCAGAGACCGUUGGUCUUCCUGGAUCGGAACCAUUCCCACUUGCGCAUCAGAUGCCGUCAUCGUCUUACCAAGACGAAUUAGACAAAAUGCAUUCACCGAUGCGGAAGGAUACGAACCAGACAGAAUCAAGGCUGCGCGGUAUCCUUAAAGGGCCUGGAAAAAUAGCGGAGAAAGUGGGCAACGAGAUGUCGAAGGUUGGAGAUCGGAUCAUGAAGAAAGAUUCUUUAGCGCAUGCACGCAAGUCCUCGCUUUCUAGUCUCAGCAGUUCGGACUCUGAAUUGGAAGAUGAGGCUGAUGAGACAAAAGGCGAUAAGCUGUCAGGCGCUAAGUCUCUUCUACGCCGGCUUCCAGCGUUUGCUGAUGAUGCCAGUCGGCCUUCGCGCAAGAAUCUUGACAAGAUUGGCACAAGCAACGAUGCAAUGUUGUCCCCAUCUCUUACAUCACCUGCUGGACAGGAACGACUUACUCACCCGGAAAGUUCUGAUUCCACUGAUGUGGCUGGCCAGUCUGCGGAAGCCAAUAUUUAUAAUAGCAGGGACGGCUUACAGAGAGACGCUGGUAGUUUCUCCACGUCUCUUGCGAGUAAGCCAGAUCUGCACGCACCACCCACACGCCUUGAAAAGUUGAAAUUUGGCCCCGAGCUACAUACAAUCCUAGAACAAAUCAAGAAAGGUAGGAUCAGGGACCAGUCGGUCCCAUUCAGUCUCACCCGGCCACCUAUUACGGGCCUUGCGCAAGCCAAAGUGGAAGCCUCACCAGCAUCGCAAAAUAGGCGUCCUGCGCUGGACGCACAGUCUAGAAGUUGGAGUAUUUCCAAUCGCAGCAUCUCUACUUCAAUUGUCACUGGUGUCCCUGGAAAGCGCGAAGUUGAACGGACUCGAGCGCUUCUCCUUUCUUCGGGGAUCAAGGCUCGGGAGAUCACCCGCCGCGCGGGCACUGUGCGUGAACCACCACCUGAGUUCCUCCUACGCUCAUACGAUGAUGCCUCCGUACCCAUACCACGGGUUACUCGACUCUGCGAGCACGAUGCAGCCGCGCAAGCGCUGCUCAGAAAAUUCGACGAAACCCACUGUGCCUUGCGGCAGGUCAUGGACAAUUUUUCAGGCUCGGUGUCGUCGCCCCUCAAUGCUCAACUAAGUAGACUUGAAAAGAUAGUCAACGAAGAUAUCAACCCUCGCGUCCAGGCAGCAACUCAAGAUGCCGAAGACCUGAGCAUUCAAUUGAAUACCACGAGCACUCUCGCGGUGAAGCAACUGAGCGACACCCUCGACAAAGGUAUCCGCCGGCGUCAUCGCAGAUUGCGCUGGGUUCGGCGUACAGGGUUUGUCAUGCUGGAAUGGGCGCUCGUUGGCAUGCUAUGGUGGGUAUGGCUCAUCGUCAUGGCAUUCAAGGUGUUGCGGGGCAUCUUUCGCGGGUUUCUCUCGGGUGUUCGAUGGGUUCUGUGGCUGUAAUUGCAGUGUGCACAAGUGUUGGCCUGCAACGCGGACUUUUCUCUUUCGUACUUCCCAUUCUUUUGUAUGAAACAUUUUAAUCACGAGAUUUCUCUAUAUUAUCGAUAUAAUGAGACGGC